AUGAAUUGCCCCUCGCGGACUGACGACACGCUUGAAAACCCGAGCUGGAAUCAAAGCCCACCGCCCUUCAGCCCGGACACCACCACGCGGAAUGACUUCAACGGUCUAGCCAAUUCUCGAGUCCAUCGCAGACAUGCCCAUUCUGCCAAUGCAGCAGGAGAUGAUCCGUUAUCCAUCGAUGCCAGACCGAACAGUCAGCAAGAUCAAGACCCCGGAAAGGAAAAGGUGCCAAGCGGCGAAGUGAUCGCUGCGGACUCGGGAGGUGAUUCACCCCCGAGGAGCAGCGGAUCACCUCGCCAACCUUUUUUUACUUAUGUGACGUCUUCUUCUCUGCGCUGCGCUCGAACUCUGGUCAAGUUCAGCCGUUUCAUCGGCCCUGGUUUCCUUAUCGCCGUCGCCUACAUCGACCCCGGAAAUUAUGCCACCGAUGUCGCAGCCGGUGCAGACUUUAAGUACGCCUUAUUGUUUAUCGUUCUGCUUUCCAACCUCUUUGCGAUUCUUCUGCAGUCCCUGUGUAUCAAGUUGGGCUCUGUGACUGGUCUGAAUCUGGCCGAAAAUUGCCGAGAGCACCUUCCGAAAUGGCUAGUGAUUUGUCUCUAUAUCCUGGCGGAAGCGGCCAUUAUCGCAACUGAUAUUGCAGAGGUGGUUGGAUCAGCGAUCGCGUUGAACUUACUAUUGAAGAUCCCCUUGGUAGCUGGUUGUGCUAUCACAUUGGUCGAUGUUCUUUUCAUUCUCAUUUUCUACCGACCCAAUGGACAGAUGUGGGGGCUUCGACUAUUCGAGUUCUUUGUCAUGGCUUUGGUUCUUUACCAAAGUUGUGGAAUCCUCGGUGCUACUGUUAUGCCACACUCCCUAUUUCUUGGUAGCGGCGUGGUUCAAUCCCGUCUCAAGGAGUUUGAUGUCAAUUCUGGUUAUGUGGAUACCUCCGUGCCUUUAGGCAGCGCGGACGGCGAAGUAAAAUAUCGCCCGUCGAUCCAUGCAAUUCGCGGCUGCAUGAAGUACUCGAUCAUCGAGUUGGCGCUGUCACUCUUCACCUUCGCCCUGUUUGUGAACAGCGCAAUCCUAAUUGUCGCGGGUGCUGCUCUCUAUGAUGUUCCAGGCGGAGACAAUGCCGACCUCUUCGGAAUUCACACCUUGCUCUCCCAGUCGAUCGCACCAGCUGCCGGUUUAGUGUUUGCCCUCGCCCUGCUACUGUCAGGUAUUUCCGCUGGAAUCGUCUGCACGAUUGCUGGUCAAAUGGUGAGCGAGGGGAUGCUGAACUGGACUAUCCGACCAUGGCUUCGAAGACUCAUCACCCGCUCGAUCAGUAUCAUUCCCAGCAUCAUUAUUGCUGCGGCUGUUGGCAAGGAUGGUCUUGACAAGACUUUGACUGCGAGUCAGGUUGUUUUGAGCGUUAUUCUACCAUUUGUCUCGGCGCCGCUUAUCUGGUUCACUUGCCUCAAUCGCUAUAUGACUGUUCGGACAGAAGAACCCUCCGAACGAGAGGGAGAAGUUGAUGUGGUGACAGUUCCGAUGCGGAAUAACAUAAUCACUUCGGUGGUUGCGGUCCUUGUAUGGGUUGUCAUCGUUGUGAUGAACGUGGCCCUGCUGGUGCUGGUGGGAAUGGGCAAGGCAUGA